AACCCGGAAGCGGUCAGCAGUGCGGCGCUGUUUAAAGAUGGCGGCGGAGGAACCUCAGCAGCAGAAGCAGGAGCCGCUGGGUAGCGACUCCGAAGGUGUUAACUGUCUUGCCUAUGAUGAAGCCAUCAUGGCUCAGCAGGACCGAAUUCAGCAAGAGAUUGCUGUGCAGAACCCGCUGGUCUCAGAGCGACUGGAGCUCUCAGUCCUGUACAAGGAAUACGCCGAGGACGACAAUAUCUAUCAACAGAAGAUCAAGGACCUCCACAAAAAGUACUCCUACAUCCGCAAGACCAGGCCCGACGGGAACUGCUUCUAUCGAGCUUUUGGGUUCUCCCACUUGGAGGCGCUGCUGGAUGACAGCAAGGAACUGCAGAGGUUCAAGGCUGUGUCUGCCAAGAGCAAAGAAGACCUGGUGUCCCAGGGCUUCACCGAGUUCACAAUUGAGGAUUUCCACAACACGUUCAUGGACCUGAUUGAGCAGGUGGAGAAGCAGACCUCGGUAGCCGACCUGCUGGCCUCCUUCAAUGACCAGAGCACCUCGGACUACCUGGUGGUCUACCUGCGGCUGCUCACCUCUGGCUACCUGCAGCGGGAGAGCAAGUUCUUCGAGCACUUCAUCGAGGGUGGGCGGACUGUCAAGGAGUUCUGCCAGCAGGAGGUGGAGCCCAUGUGCAAGGAGAGCGACCACAUCCACAUCAUCGCCCUGGCCCAGGCCCUCAGCGUCUCCAUCCAGGUGGAGUACAUGGACCGCGGUGAGGGCGGCACCACCAACCCGCACAUCUUCCCUGAGGGCUCUGAGCCCAAGGUCUACCUUCUCUACCGGCCCGGACACUACGACAUCCUCUACAAAUAGGGCUGGCCCCGCCCGCCGCUGCCCUGCUGCCCUCCCCUCUGCCAGGCGCUAGACAUGUACAGAGGUUUCUGUGUGGUUGUAAAUGGUCAUAUUUCACUCCCCCUCCCUGUCACACAACCUUCCGUGUUUUAUUAAAGGGGAUGCUGGUGGUGAGCCGCGUGUGCGUGUCCCUGCUCUGCUGCUCCUGCCUGGCUGCUGUGUGUCUGGCUGUCCCCCUUCCCCUGGGCGGGUUCCUCUUGGCCUCUGCCUGUCCACCCCCAAACCUCCCCGCCAGCAGCAGUUUUGAGGGGCUGGGCCUCUUGGGGCGCCCCUCCUGGUUAUCAGGAUCCUGCUUCCCUUGCGCCUCCCUCCUCCUGGCUGGCCCCGGGGGCUUCCGGGGACGUUUGGAAGUCCUUGGAGGCUUUCCCAGGGGCCUGGGACCGUCAGGGCUUCAGGCUGCUCCCUCCCAGGCCCACCUCCAUGCUGCUGCCCGCUUUCCCUCAGGGUCUGCAUGGGCAAGGAGCACGGGGUGGAGAGGGCCGGCAUGAUGGCGGGGGCUCAAGCAGGUGUGGAGGGGCUAAGGCAGCCCUGACGACCCCGCCCUGGUCGGGCAGGGGCAGCCUUCAAGCCUCCGCUUGGUCGGGUCCCUAGGACCUGCCAGGCUGCCAUCCCUGUCCACCCCAGGCCCCGUGCCUGUGCCUGCUUCGCACCCCUUGCUUGGGCCACAGUGUCUGCAUUGCCUGCCUUUCUGCCUUCACCGCCUUUCCUCCCCACCCCGGACGUGUGGGGGCUCAGCACCCAGGCUGUGAGCUCCUUGGGGGCAGGCCCUCAAUAAAUGUGAAGUGCUGCUGCCCACCUCUGCCGU